GAUUUGCUCUUUCUGUGAUUAACUAUAAUUUUAAUCCUAAAUUUGUUGGUAGUAGUCUAGCUUCGACAGGUGAUACCACAGUAUUGAAAGACUUACCCACAAGAAAUAAUGACGUGGGAAAAGAUUUUUGUAAUAAUAUCAAGGGUGUAAGAGGUAAAAGAGGUGGUAGAGGUAGUAGAGGCGGAAGAGGUGGCAGAGGUAGUAGAGGCAGCAGAGGUAGUAGAGGUUGUAGAGGUGGUAAAGUCAGUAGUGGGAACAGGACACAGGUUGUCGUAGAUACAAGAAUAAUUGAAGGGGAAGAAUUGGAAAGAGCGUGCAAAGAAUUAGAAGAGGAGAUGGAGAAGGAAUUAAAUGAAGAAACUGCAAAUAGUAAAUGUAGUGAAGGAGAUGAUAAUUAUGAAUCUGAAGAAGAUAUCCCGAUUAGGAAACUAAGGAAACGAAGAAGAUUAAACGGAACCUCUUCAUACGAUUCCAAAGAAGACAUUCCACUUCGACUUCUAAAGGAACGGGGAAAAUCAAAAACACCACCUCAUAUACUGCUACAACAUCUGCUGAUGACAUCUUUGAACUUGCGUCUCACGAAAGCUGAUGAGAUCAGAACUGAAAUAAAUGAUUCUGAUUCUACAAAAGAAAUUUGA